AUGGCCUGUGAUCUACUGAUGAUCGAUAACGACCGUGAAACAGCUGUCUACUUCUGGCCUGUUGUACCCUCAGUGAGCCGCUUAGGCAUUGCAUUUGGUAUGUGCCAUAUGCCAUAACGUUUGUUGUUGCCAGUAGCAAGCAAGCGGGCGGACAGAAUGAGAUCGAGUGAGACCCUCACCACAAUAGUAGGGGUCGCAUCACCAUAAUCCCUUAGAUUGUACGUGACGGCAAUGGUAACUGUGCAACAUCUCAUACCCCGCAGUCAUGUCCCCAAAAUCCUCAUUUUCGACUGCAACUGCUGGUGGCUUUAUGUGAAAAUGCAAAAUGGCGCUUGUGUGUUUAACAAUUAUGCCUAAUUUAUUUGAGUCGGUGAAACACAGCAUACGCGGUAGGACUCGAACGUGCAACAGAAAUGCGAUGCUUGUGCGUAGAAAAACGUUUUAAUAACAUGAACAAAGGUGCUCAGAACGGGAUUCGUGUAUUUUGUUACAUUUUCACAAGUUAAGCUGCCAGUGUAAUACAGCAUAUUCUCAUAAAUCAAGUUGACCCUCAAGCAGGAAUUCGCAUGUCGUCAAUAUAGAAUUUAACAGAUAUCUACCGGGUUCGAUUAACUAGCGGGUGUAUUUGACGAAAUUCGAAAAUCGUUUAAACAGGUUGUGAAAUAUAUCAGUGAAUUCGGCACUAAAACCCCUAAUGAUUAAGUGAACCGGAUAUGCAUGCAAUGGAUUCCACAUUGAUUGCCUAAGACACGCUAAUGGGCAUUUGGCUCUAAGUUCUAGAAUUGGUAACGUCCAUAAGUUGAAGUGGAUUUCUUAGUCGAUCAAACUGAAUUACUUAAACCUUCGCAAUUUUCAUUUAUGAGGUUCGCAUAUAGGUUAGUAUAAGAAUUCUGUAUUGAGUGAUUACCAAAUUCUGUCAGGGCGUUCAACCUACAGUAUUAUUAGAGGCGGCGGAAUCACCAUGGAGGAGUUGCGCGUGGCAUAAGACAGAGUUCUCGGAGUGAGAGUGUCAAUGAGCGGAAGAUUGGAGCUAGAGUUGAUGCGAAAAAGGAAGCAAAGGCCAGCUUCGAGUCUUCUAACCCACAAAACUUAAUGUUCGCCUGCUGACGUACCGGGUGCGACCUGAGAGAACAGCCUCCGGGUGAAAACCCUAUGAACAUUUUCGACUUUAUUACGGUCGCAGGCGUUCAUUGAACCAAAGAAAGGACAGCAGUAUUCGAGGACUGGAAGAACAAACAUUUGAUAAAGUCUUAGCUUCAUUUCCGGAAGGAAAAAAUUAUGCGAUAUGAAUCCAUAUAUCUGUGCGGCUUUGGCAGAGAUUCUAUCUGCAUGAGGUGAUAAAGCAAGUUUAUUUGUAUAACUUAGACCUAGGUCCUUUAUGGUGAAACAUUCUGAGAGUGGGUUAUUCUGAAAAAUUAUGGCACUAGAAAGAUUGGCAGGACCAAAAGACAUGAAACUACACUUGGAUGAUGAAAACUCCAUCUGCCAUGUCGAACCCCAUCUGCUUAAGCGUAGUAAAUCGGCAUUAAUUUUUUGAACACAAAAAUUUGCGGUGUCCUUAGAGUAUGAGUAAACACAAUUGAGGUCAUCGGAAUAAAUAAAAGUUUGCGAAUUUCCGAGUUCAGUCGAAAUAUCAUUGAUAUACAGAAAGAAGAGUAGCGGACCCAGGACCGUGCCUAGAAGUACGCCACUCGUGAUCGAGUGAGGUGUCGAGUUGCUAUUACCGAUCAUGACUUUCUAAUAUCGGUUGGACAGAUAGGACCUGAUGAAGUCGAGUAGGGGCGGCCGGAUGCUUUGUUAAGUGCAAAGUAGAUAACUACCACUGACUGCCGCUCAUUACGAAGAGAAGUGAUUAGAUUAGGAAACAUCAAGUGGCAAGUUUCGCAGGAUCGUUUAGGCAAAAAAACAUGCUAGCUAAAGCUCAGAAGCCGACUAGCUAGAGAGAAGUCAAGAAUUUCACUGGAAAUUUUCCUUUCAAGAAGCUUUGCUAGAGACGGCGUUUUAUGCACGCCCCGAUAAUUAUUAACAUCGGAUUGAGACCAGACUUGAAGUCGGGAACGCUAAUAUACGUUUUUUUGUUUUAGGAAAGAAUCCUUUAGAGAUAUAAUCCGAGAAUAAUUGACUACGUAAUAUGGGAAGGUCGGAUGCCUGUUUUAUAAUCGAAUUUUGAAUCGCGUCCGUUCCUGAGCAGCGUGAGUAUUUCAAACGACUUAUGUAUUUCUGAAUGAGAUCUGUGCUGAAGUACUUGACUAAUUGACCUUUGACAAUCUUGUCACGUUUGUUUUACUGUAGCAUUCGUUUUAACGUGGCGAAUACUUCGCCGCUUGUAAGCUUCGCGCCGCUUGCAUGCUCUCUGGUCAGGUCGUUGCACAUUUUGAAUAUUAACUUUAUUCACUUACUGGCCUUCCUUACGUCUCUCCGUUUAUGAGGUUAGUAAGCCGUAGUCCGUUAGUUCGCGGGAACGACAUAACUUACGUCAUUGGUGACUCCCGACGUUAGCGCAGACUUAAGUUCUUUCCUUCUGUAACAUUUAAUGACAUUUAACGUCCUCUGUGUAUUUGCUGAAUUCUAGUUAGUUUACAUUUUCCGCUAACCUUUUCACGAUAUUGUGCUACCUUUAUUUUGCUUAUUACGUCUUCCCCAACUCAACAACCUGACGUUCCUGCCGAGUCUGUUCAUGCUGUCCAUUUCACUUUGCCUGAUUUCUGGCAACACGCCCUGAACUUUAUUUUAUCCGCAUUGAGUCAGCCUUUUAGUCCGCCAACUUUACGAAGGAUUUGUCGAAAUAGCACGAACUUGUGGAGGUUCUCCCUGCCAAUAUUAUCUCACACGUUCAACCCUUGUUAGUGAAACCCCCUGCAGACGCUCCCUAUUCUGCUCUGAAGGCGGAAAUCCUUCGUCUCAAUGCUGUAUCUGACCGACAACGCUACCACCAGUUGAUCAAGGAGGAAUCACUGGGCAGACGAAAGCCCUCAGAACUUCUCCGACGAAUGCGUACUCUCUUAGGAGACAUGCAGGUCGACGAGAAACUCGUUAAAGAGAUGUUUCUAGAGCGGCUGCCUGCAGAUGUCCAAACGAUUUUGGCAUCCGGCUCGCAAGACCUUACACUUUCACAUCUUGCUGAAAUGACAGACCGAAUGAUAGAGGUUCAACGGUUCCAGCCACCUUCCGUUGCUCAGAUUUCCACAUCCUCUUCAACGGUUAACGAGCAGUUACUGCAACAGAUGUCGGCUAUGGCGAAUGAGAUAGCCUCCCUAAAACUACAGCUUGCUCGCAUUACCUGUAGUCGCUCACCCAGCCGUCAUCGUUCACGUUCGCGACCUCGCACAGCCAAUUUGUGUUGGUAUCACGCAAACUUUGCCGCCAAGGCUCGCAAAUGUUAUUCCCCUUGUUCAUUUAAACCGAAACAGGGAAACCAGCCGGCCAGUGGAUAGACGCGACCGUUUUCGCUGGCUCUCCCAGCUCUGGUCGCACCUUUUAUGUCUGCGACAAUGUGACUCGCAGGCCCUUCCUGGUGGACACCGGAGCCCAGAUCAGCGUGGUUCGCCCCACUCCAAUUGACGGCCGCUGUCCCAGCCCUGGUCUACAUCUCCAAGCUGCAAACCGUUCCCCCAUUUCCACUUUUGGUAGUCGUUCCCUAACGCUAACCAUUGGUUUACGUCUAUCAUUCUCCUGGAUAUUUGUGAUUGCCGAUGUGCCUCAUGCGAUCCUUGGUUCCGACUUCCUAGCCGAGUUUGAUCUCCUUGUUGACUGUCGGCGUUCCUGUCUCCUCGACCGCACAACUGGUCUUUCUGUCCGCGGUCUUACACCCUUUAAUGACUCCUGCAAUCUAUCUGUUCUGGACACAGAUAUUGCUUGCCCAUACCGAGACCUGCUCGUCCAACACCCCAACAUAAUCAAACCCCAGUUUCGCAGUGGUGAGAUCCAGCAUGACGUUGUCCACCACAUUCGCACCCCUGGCCCCCCAGUAUUCGCACGGCCUAGACGACUGGCUUCGUCUCGUCUGCAAGCGGCGAAGGCCGAAUUUGAGCACAUGCUGCAACUGGGCAUAAUUCGGCCGUGCGAGAGUCCAUGGACGUCCCCUCUGCAUAUGGUGCCCAAGGCGGCAUCAGACGACUGGCGGCCCUGUGGUGACUAUCGCGCCCUCAACAAUGCGACCAUCCCGGAUCGUUAUCCCGUACCUCAUCUUCAAGAUUUUGCUAGAGCUCUUUUCGGCAAAUCAGUUUUCUCGAAGAUUGACCUUGUUCGGGCCUUCCAUCAGAUUCCUAUCGCUCCUGAGGAUGUUCCCAAAACUGCCGUCACCACACCAUUCGGCCCGUUCGAAUUUAUUCGCAUGCCAUUUGGUCUUCGCAAUGCUGCCCAAACAUUUCAGAGGUUCAUUGACCGAGUCCUACGUGGUCUCCCGUUUGUGUACGUCUACAUCGAUGACCUCUUGGUGGCCAUUCGAAACGCCGAGGAAUACAAAGAGCAUCUUGCCUUAGUGUUUGACCGCCUCGAUCAGUUUGGUGUGGUCAUUAACCCUUCGAAGUGUGUUCUGGGUGUGCCAUCCCUUGAUUUUCUUCGUCACCAUGUCUGUGCACAAGGUGUGCGUCCCCUCUCUUCCAAGGUUGAGGCCACUCGUGACUUUCCUCCACCAACCUCCAAGCGUCAGUUGCAACGUUUCUUUGGCAUGGUAAACUUUUAUCGCCGGUUCCUACCGAACUGUGCUGACCUUAUGUUGCCACUCACCAACUUGCUCUCUGGUCCCAUGGGUCCCCUUGAGUUACGACGCCACGCGCUGACUGCUUUUUAUGCUGAUGCUACCUUGCUCACUCAUCCUGCUCCAGAAGCCCCAUUGUCCCUGAUGGUUGAUGCUUCGUCCGUUGCCGUAGGAGCAGUCCUCCAACAGCAUAUCAACGACUCGACACGACCGUUGGCAUUCUUCUCCAAGAAGCUUUCACCUGCCGAGACGAGAUAUAGCACGUUUAGCCGUGAACUUCUUGCCAUUUACCUAGCCGUAAAACAUUUCUGA